GUCUCCAAAUCGAGCUGGCGCAAUGGCAGACAGCAAGCAAGUAGCUGCCAAGCAUCAGCAAAGCUUGCAGUCACGGGCAGCAGAACGGGCUCGUGUAGAGGAGAUUGAGCGGCAAGAGUCCAGAAGGAUUCAGUCUCCAAAUCGAGCUGGCGCAAUGGCAGACAGCAAGCAAGUAGCUGCCAAGCAUCAGCAAAGCUUGCAGUCACCAGGCUCUGUGAGGGCUCGUGUAGAGGAGAUUGAACAACAAGAGUCCAGCAGGAUUCAGUCUCCAAAUCGAGCUGGCGCAACAGCAGACAGCAAGCAAGUAGCUGCCAAGCAACAGUCUCAAAAUCGACCUGGAGCAACGGCUAGCAAGCAAGUGGCAGCAGAGCGGCAUCAAGACUUGCAGCCAGAGAGCGAGGAAGGCCAUGAAGAUUAUCUUGAUGAUCUCGGCCGUGAGUCAGGGGAAGUGGCAAGUGAAGAUGAUUUGCUGUACCCAGACUCCAAGCACAGUGCUGAGCCCAAGCCAGUCCAUGAGAGUCAGGGACGGAGCAUGCAGCCCACUCAGAGGCGUCGCAGCAGUGAAGCUGACGGUGAACACAAUGGUCCUCGGCGGGGCCCAGUGUCAGCUGGUGUGCAGAGUCGCGGAUCCAGAGGCUCCAGGGAUUCUGGUCAAGCUCAGCAAAGACACAGCCAAAAAGAAUCGGAGUUGGCUCAAAGAAAGUCUUUGGAGACUUCUGGAGCAAAGGCAUCUCAGAGGUCCAGUGCAGCCAAGACGUCUCCAAACAUCAGCAGGUCUGAGCCGGGUGGAGCAGGGCAGAUUCCUACCCCGGAGGUGAUGUCCAAAGCUGCCCGCGCGCGAAGCCUCCUCUAUGUGGCUCCAAAGACUCAGGGCACCGCCCCAGCUGCAACGGCCGAGAUGUCCGGAUCACUGUCAUCCACCCUGGGAGUGUCCAAGAAGCCGAGCAGAUCCCAGCCACAAUCGCAGAAUGUGCAGAAAGUGCAGAGUGGCAAGAAGAGCCCCAAUCCAACUCCGGCAACAACUUUGACAGAAGAAGAACUGGCUAGGAGAGAUUCUGCACCGCCGAGUUUCUUGUGCGGACGCAGCUUUGGACGUUCAGAUGGAGUCCUUUUGCCAUUGAGGUCUAAAGAGCGGCAUGUACACUCGCUGGAGAAUUCUCCUUCGCCUACUUCCGAGCGCGGCCUGCAGGACCUGACUCGAGGGGAGCAGCCCCAGCUCCUGUGGGAGCGCUCCUUGUCACCUGAUGCCCGGGCAAAUCGCUCGAGUCACGGGACGCCCAGUCCCAUGGGGCGGUCUGGGAGAUCUACAUCGCCCUACUCCAACCGGGCCAUUUAUGCAGCGGACCAAGGAAAUGAGGAUGGUCCAGGUCUCAGACACUCCUUGGUCCCGACCUCCGCCAUCGCCCGUAGCCACGUCAGCGAACCCAGCAGAAACAAACUAG